AUGCCUCAACGGCUCAUUCUGCGCACACCGCGGAGCGUUUUGCCCGCCUGCAUCUCACCCAGCGCCCACCUACCCAGCAGCCGGCAGAAGGAGCAAGAACUGCCCAUUUCCUCGGUCUCUCUGCUGCUGCGUGCCACCGGCUCGCUGGAAGGGAUAGAGCUUGCACGAGGAGACCUGGCUUGCUCUAAGUCUCAUGGAAACCAUCACCAUCACCACGAAAAGCCUCUGCUUGAACAAAACAAAGGCUCUAUGUUCAAGCAUCUUGUUUUUCAAAGUACAGAGGAGAGUGCUUACCUGGAUUCUACAUGGAAGGGACUUACAGCCCUUGGAGGAUUGUAUUUCAUGUUUCUAGUGGAGCAUUUGAUCACUUUAAUAAAGCAGUUUAAAGACAAGAAGAAAAAGAAAAAAAAUGAAGAUGAUGGAGAAAGUAAGAAGUUUUCAGCGAACGAAGAAAAGUUAGAUACAGAUGAUCGGCCUGAGGGCUAUCUAGGGACAGACUCUCAAGAUCCAUCGCCCUUCAUUUCUCAGCAGCCGAUGGUACAAGAAGAAGAAGAAGUGAUGAUAGCUCAUUCUCAUCCAGAAGAGGCUGACAAUGAAUAUGUGUCCAGGGGCUGUAGAAACAAAUGUCAUUCUCACUUACAUGAUACUCUAGGACAGACAGAUCAUCUUAGUCAUCAUCACCAUGACUACCAUCAUAUUCUGCAUCACCAUCAUCAUCAGAACCAUCAUCCCCACAGUCACAGUCAGCGCUACUCGCGUGAAGAACUGAAGGAUGCCGGAAUAGCAACUCUGGCAUGGAUGGUGAUUAUGGGAGAUGGACUACACAAUUUUAGUGAUGGCCUAGCAAUCGGAGCAGCCUUUACUGAAGGGUUAUCUAGUGGUUUAAGCACUUCUGUGGCUGUAUUUUGCCAUGAAUUACCUCAUGAGCUAGGAGAUUUUGCUGUACUUCUAAAAGCUGGUAUGACUGUCAAGCAAGCUGUGCUUUAUAAUGCUCUGUCAGCUAUGCUGGCCUAUCUUGGAAUGGCAACUGGGAUUCUUAUCGGCCAUUAUGCAGACAAUGUUUCUAUGUGGAUAUUUGCACUUACUGCUGGCCUGUUCAUGUAUGUGGCUCUUGUGGACAUGGUGCCUGAAAUGCUACACAAUGAUGCCAGUGAUCAUGGAUGUAGCCGCUGGGGGUACUUCCUGUUACAGAACGCUGGGAUUCUCUUGGGUUUUGGGAUAAUGCUGCUUAUCUCCGUAUUUGAACAUAAGAUUGUAUUCAGCAUAAACCUAUAA